AUGACCUUUUCCAUUGAUCAUUCUGACGCUGCUGAUGAGAUAGUGGAUAUAAUCUGUAAAACACUUGCUAUUAAGGAAACACCUAUUCUAACCAAAGUUGCCCGACUAUAUUUGGUAUCAAAUAUUCUACAUAAUAGUAGUAUUUCAGUGCCGAAUGCCUGGAAAUUUAGAACAGU